GUGCGAUACAACGACACAGGAGGCUGGAGGAGGGCGGUUCGGAUUCGUGGGGAACCUCAGUCGGAGAGAUGCCUCGAUAAUGGUGGAGCGACUGAACCGGAGUGACGGUGGUCGGUAUUGGUGCCGGGUGGAGCUCAAUGUUGGCAAGUUUCGAACGGUGCUUCUAACAAAUCUGUCUGUGGGAGCUCCCAAUGAGAGUGUCUCUGUGAUGACUGGAACUGAGGGAGCUUCGGCCACGUUACCCUGUGUGUUCACACGGCCUCGGCAGAGCCUCACCGCACACACGGUGACGUGGAUGAGGAAGGAUCCCUACCGAAUCAUCGUCACAUUCAGGCACCAUGGAAAUGGAUCGUGGGCAGCGGAAAACGGAGUGACUCGGUACGAGCUCGUCGAGGACCCAGAGCUGGGAAGCGCCUGGAUCAGGAUAAAGCAGCUGAGAGUGGAGGACAGUCACAGCUACCUGUGUCUGGCUGAGUUCAGGAACAUGAAGCAUGAUUAUUCAUCCUACAGAGAGCACGUCACACCUCCAUUUAUACAUGUGUUCCAGAGUGAGAUCCGGUUGCAGGUCAGACCAGGGACAGGCGCUUCUGAAACCGUGCUGAUGUUGUGUAUCCCACUCGGACUGAAAACUCUCACCCUUUUAGUGAUGGGCGCCGUUCUCUACUGUGACAAACUCAGAAAGCGACAAGACUGAUCCACCGCAGGAGACUGAGAAGACCGGUUUUCCAACCACAAGGUGCAGACGCAACAAGAUCCAACGAGAACACCAUGUUCCACAUGAAGAAAUGUUAUCUGUUUUUAAUUGACCUCUUCCUACAUUGACUCUACAACCUGUUGCAGAAUUCUGGGCUGAACAUGCCAAAUAUGUAGAACUGGAGAACGAUCGUAGAUAGAGGCCUAAUUAAGGCGGUGGUAAACGCUGCACAGACAGCAAUCACUAUUGGGCUGAGGACAGUGAGUGGGGCGUGUGGCCAAUUGGUGAAGGCUUUGGGCUAGCGAUCUGAAGGUCAUUAGUUCGAGCCCCAGCUGAGGCAGUGUGCAACGCACUUAACCCCACACUGCUCCUGCACGUUUAUAGCCCAGUGGCAGCAGUUGGUGUAGUAUGGACAGGAGAAGACAGUGAGUAGGUGUGAUGUCGACCUGAACUGGUCAUCUUUUCUGAGUCUCAGUCUGGAAAUUAUCUUUGAGGGAUUCUUAAACAAGGUCUCCCAAGUCAUUUUGCUCAGCUGCUUUUUUUGUAUUUUCUCUGUAUUUUCUCCCCAUUUAAAAAAAAUAGUUAACCUUUCAUUUAUUCUGCCAAUGUGUAUGACCAUACACUUACCGACAAUGCAUUCCAUCUCCACUUGUUUCCCCAUUCUCCUAAUCUGUCUAGGUCCUUCUGUAGUCAUUCCACUUCCUCAAACCCACCUUGCCUUCCACAUAUCUUCGUAUCAUCUGCAAAGUCUGCAUCAAAGCCAACAAUUCUAUCAUCCAAAUCAUUAACGUAUAAUGUACAAUGAAUUGGUCCCAACACAGGCCCCUGUGCAACAUCACGAGUUACCGGCAGGCACCCAGAAAAGGCUCCCUUCAUGCGAGGGGAUCUCAGUGGGCUAGGCAGCAUCUAUGGAAAAGAGUAAGCAGUCGAUGUUUCUGGCUGGGACCCUUCAUACCCUGAUCUCUUUUAUCCAUGUUAGGAUAUUCGAUGUAAUACCUUGGGCAAUGAAUUCCACAGAUUCACUAUACCCUGACUAGCGAAGUCCUCCUCAUCUCUGUUUUAAUAGGACACCCCUCUAUUCGGAGACUGUCCCUUCUGGUCCUAGACUCGCCACUAUAGGAAGCAUCCUCUCACCAUCUCCUCGAUCUCGGCUUUUCGACAGAAUGCAAUGAGCUCACCCCCUCCUACUCUGCUAAACACCAUCGAGAACAGACCCAGAAUCAUCACACUUUCCUCUUAUGUUAACCCUCUCACUCCCUGAAUCAUUCUCGUGAACCUCUUCUGGAACAUCUGCAAUGCCAGCCCAUAUUUUCUUAGAGAAGGGGCCCAAAACUGGUCACAAUGCUCCAUGGCCCCAAAUAUAGCAAGAUGUAGUUUAAAGUUUGAUGUGUGUGUGUGUGGGGACGAAUGUAUUGUGGAGUGGGCAGAGGUGCAGCUUAUAAGAGUUGGCAAGUUUGAUUUCCACAGAAUAUGGUGAGUGCAUUAAGACACACUGUGCUGUUUUUUCUUUAAGUUCGAAGAAAAGUUUUGGGCCUAUAUCUCCAAAAAGAUGUGCUUUCUUUGGAGAGAGUCCAGAGGAGGUUCACGAGGAGGAUUCCAGGAAUGAAGGGGUUAACAUACGAGUUCUGUUUGGCAGUUUUCUGCCUGUAUUCGCUGGAAUUUAGAAGGAUGUGAGCAGAUCUCAUUGAAACCUAACGAAUGUUGAAAGGACUAUAUAGUGUGGAUGUAGAGAGGAUGUUUCCUCUGUAGCAGGUAACCAGAGCUAAGAGGCACAGUCCCUAAACUGAAGGGUGACCUUGUAGAACAGAGGGAAGCAGGAAUUUUUUAGCCAGAGUAUAAACCUGUGGGAUUCUCUGCCACAGACUGUGGUGGAGGCAGAGACUGUGGGCAUAUUUAAAGCAAAAGAUGAUCGUUUCCUGCUCGGUCAGGGCAUCAAAUGAUUUGGUGAGAAGGCAAGUGUAUCUGGAUCAGCAUUGAUGGAAUGAUGGAGCAGACUCAAUGGGCUAAAUGGUCUAAUUCUGCUCCUGUGUCUUAAUGUUUUAUUAUCUAAUGAUGAAGUGAAGUUGAUGAAGUCAUUCCGUUUGGUUCAUGAGCCUGAUGCUUGAGGGGUAAUAAGUAUUCCUGACCCUCGUUCUGUCAGUCCUGAGACCCCUGUACCUUCUUCUCAAUGGCAGCAGUGAGAGGGAGCAUGUCCUGGGUGGUCGGGGUCCCUGAUGACAGAUGCUACUUUCCUGCAUCAGCCUCCUGUGUACAUGUGUUCAAUAGUGGGGAAGGCUGUACCCGUGAAGGACUCUGUCGUAUCCAUUACAUUUGUAUGAUUUUCCGUUCAAGGGCAUUGGUGUUUCCCUGUCAGGCUGUGACGCACCCGGUCAAUGUACUCGCCACCACACAUCUGCAGAAGUUUGCCAACGUUUUAGAUGUCGUGCCGAUACUUCGCAAACUCAUAAAGAACAAUACAGCACAGUACAGGCCAUUCGGCCCACAAUGAUGUGCCAACCCUUAAACCCUGCCUCCCAUAUAACCCUCCACCUUAAAUUCCUCCAUAUACCUGUCUAGUAGUCUCUUAAAUUUCACUAGUG